GCGAACAACCGCCAACCUGUUGCUGGCCCGUCGCCGUUCCUCAGCCCUGCGAGGAAGUGAGGCACCAGCGCUCGCCGAGCUGAGCGCGCAGGACGUUUGCGGAGCGCGCCGCGGCGAGCACAGCUGCCGGCCAGCGCGGGGCGGGCGGCACGGCCCCCGGUGCAAAUCGGAGUUGUUUUUUUGUUUUUUUUUUUUUUUCUUGGAGCGACACUGUCCUUAGGUCUCUAAUCCCAAAUGCGCCGGCUCAGCCUCGUCUACACUCUAAUCUGCGUACACUUCUGCAGCUAUCGGGACACUUCUGCGACCCCGCAGAGCGCAUCCAUCAGAGCUUUGCGCAAUGCCAAUCUUAGGCGAGAUGAGGGCAAUCACCUCACAGACUUGUACCAGAGAGACGAAACCAUCCAGGUGACAGGACACGGCCACCUGCAGAGUCCCCGAUUCCCGAACAACUACCCCAGGAACCUGCUUCUGACAUGGCGGCUCCAUUCCCAGGAAAGAACAAGGAUACAGCUGUCGUUUGACCAUCAGUUUGGAUUAGAAGAAGCAGAGAAUGAUAUCUGUAGAUAUGAUUUUGUGGAAGUUGAAGACGUGUCUGAAACAAGCACCAUCAUCAGAGGACGGUGGUGCGGACAUAAGGAGGCUCCUCCAAGGAUAACAUCAAGAACAAACCAAAUCAAAAUCACUUUCAAGUCUGACGACUACUUCGUGGCUAAGCCUGGUUUCAGGAUGUAUUACUCCUUGCUGCACCUAUCACAGUCUCCCCCAGAGCGGAAAGCGCAGGAAGAUUUCCAACCUGCAGCAGCCUCUAAAACCAAUUGGGAAUCAGUCACAAGCUCUGCCUCGGGGGGAUCCUAUCGCUCCGCGUCAGUAACGGAUCCCGCUCUUGCUGCCGAUGUGCUGGACAAAACAGUUGCAGAAUUUGACACUGUGGAAGAUCUGCUCAGACACUUCAAUCCAGAAUCGUGGCAAGAAGACCUUGAGAAUCUGUAUUUGGAAACCCCUUAUUAUCGAGGCCGAGCAUACCAUGACCGGAAAUCUAAAGUUGACCUGGACAGGCUCAACGAUGAUGUCAAGCGCUACAGCUGCACCCCCAGGAAUUACUCAGUCAACCUGAGAGAGGAGCUGAAGCUCUCCAACGCGGUCUUCUUCCCUCGCUGCCUCCUGGUGCAGCGGUGCGGAGGGAACUGCGGCUGUGGAAUUGCAAACGGCAAGUCCUGCAAUUGCAGCUCAGGGAAAACCGUGAAGAAGUACCAUGAGGUGUUAAAGUUUGAGCCUGGCCGCUUCAAAAAGAGAGGCAAAGCGAAGAACAUGGCCCUUGUUGACAUCCAGCUGGAUCACCACGAACGUUGCGAUUGUAUCUGUGGUUCGAGACCACCUCGAUAAGAGAGUAUGAGCAUACGUACAUUAAGCAUGAGAGAAACUUCCAUUUAAGAAGGAUGUAGUAAGGGACCCUUGCUGCCCAGAGACUGAGCUACUCCACACUCACAUGCAGUGCAGUGAAUGCGAGCCAGUCCAUCCCAGCUUUGUCAGUGCUGGGGCACACAGAGAGGGGCCUCAUCAACUUCUGUAUCCAAGAAUAUACGAUUGCAUUUAAUAACAGUAUAUGAGGAUAUACGUGUAUACACACAGGUACACCCAUAUCCAUGUCUAUGUGUAAAUACAUGAAAGGGUUUAUUCAGCAUAUAUAACCAGGUAUGCCAGAGCUCACAAAUGGCUGAAUUAUUUAGACCCUUAAUAUUUUGUCAAAAUAAAGAAUGUAUCAAAUGUAUGAAAUAUGUCUUUAGGAAAUUCAAAAGAGGAAUUUAUUUUUAAAUGUUGAAUCACAAACCAUUUUGAAUAUUACUCUCCGAGAGAAACCACUUUGUACAUGAAAAACCAAAAGAUGAGCUUUACUUAUGUAUAGGCCUUAAUUGUAGCAUAGAAAAAAUAUGGUUUCUGAGAAAAAGCUAAAUACCUAGCCAUUUUUCCCAUGAGCUGCACUACACACUCACCAAGGUGGACCAUGGUUUCUUGUCCCCCAACCAGACCAAAAUAAUAUGAGAGCUUUAGAAAUUAGGUCAGUAAGUUGUCUUUUUAUCCAUUUUGCUGUAGUGUUCUACUUCAUUUAAUACCUAUCUCAAAAAAAAAAUUUAGCAAGAUUAUAAAAAUCCUUCAAGAUAAGUUGUAGUAGAACUUCUUGUUUUUGUUUUUCUUUCCAAAAACUCCUCCACAAAAGCAAAUCUUUUCAGGAAUGGCAUGGGAAGUGUGUGUGACCCUCUUAAAAUGGUGCUCUUUGAAAGAUUUGGGAAGUUGAAAGUCAGAAAAGGAAGCAUUGAAAUAGAGAUGUAACUGGAAAUUACAUGGAAAACUUGGUAGAACCCAUAUUGAGUAAAAGAUUUGAAUUCUGCAAA